UGUGCUGUCAGCUCUCAGGAUCAGGCAGUGGUUGAAAUAACUGGUGUAUCUUUAACUAGCAGAGGGUGCAGCCUGCUCUAACAAUGGAAACUUUCUGAGUGCUUCCCUCCUGCCAAGCCCCAGAAAAAGGAAGCUUGUUCCGCUGAGUUCAACCCCAGACAGGCUUCACAACUUCCUUCCUGCUGCAUUUUUCUAACUGCACAUUGAGCUAACAUUACAGGGGGAGAAUACUACUUUGUUGCAUCUUAAAAAGACUGAGAGAAGCAAGAAAGGAUCUGACUUCCAGUGGGAGGAGAAGCCUGCGGGAUUUUUCUAAACCUCUUCCCACUUAGCUGCUGAGGAAGAGGCAUUCAGUGCAGAAUCAUCUAUUGUACAGCUGAUUUGUUUAUGGAGGUUUUGGCAGGGGCCCAGCACAGCUCUCCCCAGUUCAGCUUUCCAGGCAACACUACUAUCCUGGAAGUGAAGGAGCCACUGGGAUCCUUGCAUGUGAGUCCUAGUACACAGCACAUGCUGUGUCUGCAGCCUCCCUCAGACUACUAUGGCUGUAUAUUGCUAUGCCUUCAAUAGUCUGGUGAUGAUGAAUAAUAGCAAUGUGAAAACGAGCAGUGUGACAAAGACUAGCCCAACUUGCCAGAGACCAGUGCUGCCUGUGCCAGAAAGACGGAGCACCUAUUGUCCGCUGCUCCCGAGUCCACUGCCCCUCUACAGCCCUGAAUCAUCCAGCCCUGGGGCCUCUCCUAAGAGUAACUCUACUUCCUUCAUCUUUCCUGGGGAUUCCCAACACCAAUCUACUCCAAGGAGCCGCAGCCCAAGUUGGACUGGUAGAGAUGGACAAACCUCACGAGUUGGAAGGUGUCCUUCACCAAUGCGGCUGCCAGGGGUUAAUGUGGGAGAAGCUGGGUUUGUGAUAGCAUCACGUUCUGGAAAUGGGUCAGGGACAUCAUGGUUGUCAGAAUCAGAGGAAAAGCGACGCCUUGCUCGAAUACAGAGAGAGCUUCAGAAUGUACAGGUGAACCAGGUUGUUGGUCUCUUUGAAGCACAUAUUCAGGCUCAAAAUUCCCCUCUUUCUCCAGGACUUCGAAGCCCGAGAUUUGGUAGCAGGUCUCCAUCACCUUUACGUCUCACCAGAGGAGAAGAGAGCAUUUUCAGUUUUGGUCAGGAGGCAGUACAUAAGGUUUCAUGCUGUAGUCAGGAAGCAAAGCCAGUGGUUCCCACACCACAGUUGGUGUCUUCCAAUGGGGAGCAGGAUAUAUCCAGAACUAACAAUACAAUUUUUAAAGGACAGCUAUGCAGCACCCCGCCUCAGGAUGAAGGUUCACCAAAACCUGUCUCACCUUCCAUCACACCAGUGUCCAUUCCUGCUGUCAUAGUAACUGACCAUGGGGCAGAUGAGGAAGGACAUAUGGAAAACAAUAAUGCAGAAUCAAACCCAACAUCUCACCAUAGGAAGCUUUCAUCAUCUUCAGCUUCAUCUACUGGUUUUUCCUCCUCUUGGGAUGAGUCUGAGGAUGAUGUAUCUAGUGACCCUGAACGUUCCCCAGACAGGAGCACCCCAUUCCUUCAGACUAUUGAACAGCCGAAGCCUCGUGUGAGCAAAUCAUGGAGAAAGAUCAAGAACAUGGUGCACUGGUCCCCGUUUGUUAUGUCUUUCAAGAAGAAAUACCCAUGGAUCCAGCUAGCAGGACAUGCAGGUAGCUUUAAAGCAGCAGCAAAUGGUAAAAUCCUGAAGAAACACUGCGACUGUGAGCAGCGCUGCCUGAGCCAGCUGAUGACAGACGUGCUGCAACCCUAUGUUCCAGCUUACCAUGGCGAUGUGCUAAAGGACGGAGAGAGAUACAAUCAGAUGGAUGACUUGCUUUCUGAAUUCGAUAGCCCCUGUGUCAUGGAUUGCAAAAUGGGAGUCAGGACCUAUCUUGAGGAAGAACUGACUAAAGCGAGGAAGAAGCCUAGUCUUAGGAAGGACAUGUAUCUCAAGAUGGUUGAGGUAGAUCCUGGAGCCCCAACGGAGGAGGAAAACAAUCAGAAAGCAGUAACUAAACCACGUUACAUGACAUGGAGGGAGACGAUUAGUUCCACCGCUACACUUGGUUUCAGGAUCGAGGGCAUAAAGAAGGAAGAUGGCACAGUGAACAGGGACUUCAAAAAAACGAAAACCAGAGAACAAGUAAAGGAAGCAUUCAGCUCAUUCACGAAAGGAAACUGUAAUAUUUUGAAAUCUUACCUCAGUUGCCUUGAGGAAAUACGUACCACGCUGGAUAAAUCUCCAUUCUUUAAAACACAUGAGGUGAUUGGAAGUUCCUUGCUUUUUAUUCAUGAUAAGAAAGAGCAGGCUAAAGUAUGGAUGAUUGACUUUGGGAAAACCACCCCACUACAAGAGGGAGAGGUCCUAGACCACAGGGUGCCUUGGUCAGAGGGGAACCGCGAGGACGGAUACCUCUGGGGAUUGGAUAACUUGAUAGACAUUCUCUUAGAAAUGGCACAAGAAGAAGAAAUACAUUGAAUCCACCUGGUCUACAUCCCAAACUGACACUCUAGUAAUGCACUACAAACCAUUUUCAGUUGUACAACCGGUUUCCUGCGUGGAGGGACGCAAUAUGGAUUUUAAAGAGGAGAGUCAAAUAUAUCUCUGUAUUUUAGGGUUUGUAAAUAGUUUUUCUGCCAGAACAAAAUUACUAAGUUUUUUUACAGUUUGUUUUUUAAAUACAGAUCGCUAUUGAUAGCCUAUGUGGGGAUAUGAGGCUGUUUAUCACACUUGCUGAUUAUUAUUGUUUUAUUGUUUUAGUUUUUCACUUAAUAUUUAACUAUUAUUAUUUUUUUAACUCGUUGGGACCACAGUAAAAAAACAAAAGUAAAUAGAAAAUGUUAUGUUAUCUUAAAAGGACCUUUCAGUCUAGUUUUAAAGGGAUGCAAAACUUAUAUCUGGGUCUAUUUGGCACCAACAAAGUGGUAUAUGUACAGUAUAAAUCACAUUUUCUUUGCUUUCUAAAUCUUACUCGUUUGAUGUACAAUUUUAAUCUUGAAUGUGCUCCGUCUUUGUGCUGAUCUCAGCGCAAGGAAGAACUGGAUCUGUUAAAAAUAUAUAUAUAUAUAUUCACUGUACGGUUUCUUGCAUCUUCUGAGGACAGUGCCAAUUAGUGUCUACAAGACUAAAAUCAUACAUCAGAACAGUAAGAUUUUCAGGCCAGACAGGGCAGGUUAUUUGUAUACAUUAUGCUGUAUAUUUUAUAUUUAUUUUAUUCAUCACAUUCGUAUAUAAACAUUCAGAAGAAUUUUUAGAUACUGAUUGGCAAAAAGUGAAAUGAAAGCUUAGAGCAAACGUUUGUGUUUUGUAAGAGUGUAUCAAAUUGCAGAGAUAAUACCAUAAAUGAGGUCAAACAACUUGGAACUAACCACAGACGUCAUUAGGGUAUGCAGUAAAAACUCAUUGUAUAAUUACUGUCAUAAGGUGCUAGGGUGCUUAUAUAUUAAACUAUGCUGUACUUAAGCAUGUAUACUCAUUAUUUUAAACAUAAAAGUACAGUUUUCUGUAUGUAAUAUGUAAAUGUAGUCAGUUGCAUGCGGUUUAUUUUACGUUUGUAGCAUACAUGAACAUGUUACGUUUUUAUCUAUAACAAGCUGACAAUCAAGCCCAUUUUUCAGUUCCAGUACGACCAAUAAGGAUGUGUUAUGGUCACUCAUUUUUGUAUUUACAGUGGCAUCAAAGGACAACUUACUAAUGGUAUAUAUGAAUAAUUCUGGCCACAAAAAUGAUGCAUUCAAACGUUUUCUGAUGAAAUGUUGCAUUUGUAAUAUCAGCAACCUUUUAAACAUGUCCAAGUUAAGGUGUGAGGGUUAGAAUUAAAGCAUUAGAUACCAGAGAAGGUAUUGAGAAAAUCCUGUGUACCUCUAGAGGUGUUUGCUAAUAAAAAGAUCGAAAAAAACUGGUCAAGCGCUCUACUUCUAUUUUUGUGUAUAAAUAAUUAUUUUGAGUAAAUACUGAUAUUCUGAAAUAAUCUUGUAGCUACAAUUCACAUUCUACUAUCAUAAAGCCUUCUAGAUAUAAAUCAA